UCAUGAACGGGUAUAAUGAGGAAGCAUAUAAAUUCUGAUAGAGACUGUCAACAACACUUACGCCUUUUCUUAUAUAUUGACAAAGCACGAAGAGCAACAUUCCUACAAGGCCAAGAGGGCAGUGAAGAAAUGAGAUCAACGGAGGGUAAGUCCAGAAUUUUCUUUCUACUCUUUCUGGUAGCCCUGAUAGCAAAACAGGCCUCUGCAGCUCAGCAUGUGGUUGGAGGUAGCCAAGGUUGGGAUGAAUCUGUGGACCUUAACUCAUGGGCUUCAGGCCAAACUUUCAAGGUUGGAGACCAACUUGUUUUCAAGUACUCUUCAGGGCUACACAGCGUAGUUGAGCUUGGAAGCGAGACUGCCUACAAGAACUGCGACCUGGGAACAGCAUUGGACUCCAAAAACACUGGCGAUGACGUUGUGAAAUUGAGCAAGAUUGGCACUCGUUACUUUGCUUGUGGAACAUUAGGCCACUGUGACCAGGGCAUGAAGAUGAAAAUCACAACAGUUGCUGGCAAUGCACCUUCUACUCCAGCUUCGGCUUCAACAACUUCCGGGGCUUCUGUUGUUCAAUCUUUUGCCACCUUUCUUCUGCUUCCUGCAUUGUCAGGAAUCAGUUUGCUUUAUCUGCUUUAAAAGUUGAAGCUAGGGCUAAUUUUACAACCCUGGAGUAAUCAUUUUGUUUGGGACUUUAAA